AGUGCCUGUGCUUGUUUCUCUCGACCUCUGCACUCCAGACACCUAUCCAUAUAAACACCUAUCAUACCUUAUCUCUCCGCAUUUUCUUUGGAAUACCCGGCAUAGACCUCCUUUUAAUAACGUUUUACGGCACUGAACUCUCUCACUAGUCACACACUGAAGAUCUCGCGACCGACAGCAGAGGUGCUUAGCCUAUGUACCGUAGCCCUGUUCUUGCGCAUCGGAGAAAUCUCGCAAACUUGAGCUAACAAACUCCAAAUCAUGGCCUCCGCGCCUCUACCUUCAUCUGUCCACCCAUCGGUGGACAAUCCGCUCGAGUUCGAUAACGCGCUUUCGCCCUCUUCUUCAAAAGAAGUCACUCCCACCAGCUCUCCCGCUCUCUCACGGUCUACGUCCUUUGUUGGCUCGAACGAGGAUUGGGGUGAGGUUUUCCCUCCACUGGACAAACUUACCGUCUUCGACUUCCUCGACCAGUUUGCCCUCCCACAGAAACUCGAGAGAAUCAAUGAGCAGAUCAACAGGAAGAUACAAUUUCAGAGUGAGAGCCUAAAGAAGCAUCGUGAUAAGGUCAAGUUGGAGUAUGUAAAGCAGAAAGAGAGAGUCAUUAAGAAAACGGAUGUCGAGUUUGAAAAGUACCGCAAACGAUACAGUCAGGGGCUCGAGAAGGUUCUUGAUAAAUGGGAUGAUACUAGGGUUGUUUCGACAAGAGAGAAGAUCUCCUUUGUGGUUGGUGUUUGCAACAUCUUCAUUACGGGAUUCUUGAUCGGUGGAUAUCCCGAAUGGGUGCAUGUUUGGUAUUCCGUUCAGCUUCUAUACUUUAUGCCAAUCCGCUAUUUCACCUAUCACAAGCGUGGCUACCAAUACUUUUUGGCCGAUCUGUGCUACUUUGUUAAUCUUCUUCUUUUGCUCAACAUUUGGGUUUUCCCAAACUCUCGGCGUCUAAUGAUCUCAACAUACUGCCUUGCAUACGGAAACAAUGCUUGGGCGAUUGCUAUGUGGAGGAAUUCUCUGGUCUUCCACUCGCUUGAUAAAGUUACGUCCUUGUUCAUUCACAUUAUGCCCCCGGUUGUCCUGCAUUGCCUGGUACACUUGUUGGAUCAAGACCUUGUCGACUCGCGCUUCCCCUCCAUUAGUAGGGUCAAGGGAGUGGAGAAGUAUGGCCUGAUCGAGAUGGUGAUUUGGGCAACUGUUCCUUAUGGAGUGUGGCAAUUGUCUUAUCAUCUAUUCAUCACGGUGAGGAGACGUGAAAAAAUAGCAGCUGGGCGCCCAACCUCAUUCACCUGGCUUCGCAAAACCUAUUCAAAGACCUGGAUUGGCAAACUCGUCCUCCGUCUACCGGAAACUAUGCAAGAACCUGCAUUCAUGUUAAUUCAGUACUCUUACGCUGUUCUAACUAUGUUGCCAUGCCCUUUUUGGUUUUAUCACAGCAGCUUUUCUGCCCUCUUCCUAACAGCUGUUGGCCUCUGGAGUAUCUAUAAUGGUGCUACCUUCUACAUCGAUGUAUUUGGCAAACGAUUCCAGAACGAACUUGAGCAACUGAAGAAGGAUGUUGCAAAGUGGCAGAACUCUCCUCUAUUGAACGAAAGCAAUGGGGGCGCGGGGCACAUGGAACCCUUGAACCUUACCACAAAGACAACUACCGAGACGACCGCUAUUGACAAAGGAGAGAAGAAGCCAGAUGGCAGUGAAGUUCGGGAGCGGAGUAUCACUAGCAGUGUUACUAUCGAAACCUCGUAGUGUGGAAUGGUCCUGGAAGGCUAGGGUUUUUUUAUUGUUUUACUAUUAUUACCAUUCGUUUACCUCCGGUGAACUUGAGCGCCGUACUAUCAUACCGUUAUUGGCGUGCACACCGUACUUGCACACAAUUCAGCUGUGGAAGAUGGGUUUCACUUUGGGAUAUCAUACCUUUAACCGAUGUCCGGCUCUCCGAUAGGGAUUCAUCCAGUUUUGCCCUUGUUCGAUGUCUUCUUUUUUUUCUUUCUUUUUUCCCUUUGGCUGGUUGUGAAUGGGGUUUUAGUGGUGUCCAUACCCGGAUUUUUCCAUCUUUUAUUCCCUUUCCACCCCUCUGGCCCCUACAUGACUGGUCCCUGCCUUGGCGGUGAUAGUGAUGGUCACUUUGACAUGAUGGG